AUGGUGACAAAAACGACUUUGGAGUUCUUCGGAACAACUACAUUUCGGCUGAAAUGGAAGGGCUUGACCAUAUUCCACGAUACUUGGCUCGACAAACCGGAGGGUCUGAAAAGAUACCUCGAGCUUAAGGACGUAACAGAACUAGAUUACAUAGUCAUCUCGCACGCCCACUUCGAUCACCUCCCUGGCGCGGACCAACUUGCCGUGAGAACAGGGGCAACAAUAAUUGCCAACGGUGAGGCUAUCAGAUGCCUCCGAGAUGCGGGGGUCCCCGACGCACAGUUGAUCCCUGUCAGCGGUGGCGAAAGAGUGCCCUUAUUCAGCAAGGAGACCCUCAGAAAGGCUGCGGAAGGUCUAAUUGAUCGAGCUCCAGCACCACCGACAGCGCCUCCUAUGCCGCACGUCAAGUAUGCCGCAGCCGCAGUCCACGUCUGGCCGUCACUGCACUCUUUAAUUCCUGCAAUCACUCCCCAAGACCUCCCUGAAGAAUUUGACACCGCAGAGAGGUUUACAGGCGAGGUCACCCCGUAUGACUGCACCUUGGACAUUACCAGACUGAUGCAAUUUGGUCUUUUCAGAAUGAAGGAGUUUAUGCCCGAGGAGACCAUGGACCCAGGGACGCGUGCUUUUGCUGAUUAUGUACAAGAUCGUCGAAAGCACGUCAUGUCGCACUUUGAUGGCGGCCAGCUGAUGUAUAAUUUUGUCGCUGACGGGAAAAGCAUCUUGUUCAACAGUCACUUGGGCGUGUAUCAAGGCAUCGCCGAGUGUGUGAUCCCCAAGCCUACAGUUGCUAUCAUGGGAGCUGGCGGUCGAGCGAAUCUUGAUGGGAGACCGUUCCAAGGCUCAGCCGCCGAAUUCCUUGUCAAGCAGGCAAAGUGGCUCAGUGAACCUACCAGCAUUUAUUUCUGCCUGCAUGAUCCGAGCAUCAUCAAGCCUCUCAGAGUGGAUGUGAAUGCUGCAAAGCAGAUGCUCCAACAGGAGACAGCAGCUACAGUCAUUGACACGCUGCUUGGAAAAGUGUACACGCUGGAUGUAUAG